GGGCAAGGCAGGAGGCCGCUGAAGCGGCUCCGGCCCCGCGGGCUCCCAGCGAUCUCUGCCCCGGCGUCCUCCUCCGCCGGGGGGCGGGGAGCAGGGGGCAGGGCUCUUCGCCGGCCUCCGAGCUGGUCCGACAGGGGCAGUGAACUGAGAUUUCCCAGGCCAGAGCUUUCUCCCAGCAGCUACUCUAGAGGAUUGUCUGCUCAGGGUUCAGAUGUUUACCUUGACUCCAGAGGAGAGCAGAGUCUGGACCUGGUAAGCACAUUGGUCAGCUUGUGUUCUGGACCAUGGACUCCAUGAGAAUCCCCCUAAUGUGAAAAUGUCGAACACGAACAGAGAAUUAGUGAUUGACUUUCUCUCCUACAAGCUAUCGCAGAGGGGAUACAGCUGGAGUCGGUUUGAGGGGGAGGAUGAGAUCAGGACUGAGUCUGCAGAAGAGGCUGAGAUGGCAAGCGUCCCUAAUGGGAGUCCAUCCUGGCAUCCGGGUGCCAGCCACAUAGUGAAUGGGGCUGUCGGGCACAGUAACAGCCUUGAAGCCCACGAAAGGGUUCCAGCAACUGGAGUGAGGCAGGCGCUGAGAGAGGCAGGAGAUGAGUUUGAAUUGAGGUAUCGGAGGGCCUUCAGUGACCUCACUUCCCAGCUCCACAUCACCCCUGGCACGGCAUACCAGAGCUUUGAGCAGGUGGUGAAUGAACUCUUCCGGGACGGAGUGAACUGGGGGCGCAUUGUGGCUUUUUUCUCCUUUGGAGGAGCCCUGUGUGUGGAGAGCGUUGACAAGGAGAUGCAGGUGUUGGUUGGACGCAUCGUCUCAUGGAUGACCACUUACCUGACUGACCACCUAGAUCCCUGGAUCCAAGAGAAUGGCGGUUGGAUGCUAAAUCCCUGCUUGGGUUGGAUGAACAAACCAGAUGUGAUCUCAAGCCCUCCUAUCCUGGAGCGCUUUGUGGAUCUCUAUGGGAAUGACGCUGCUGCCAAGAGCAGGAAAGGCCAGGAGCAGUUCAACAGGUGGCUUCUGACCGGGGCCACUCUGGCAGGAGUGCUCCUGCUGGGCUCUCUGCUGAGCCGCAAGUAACCGGACACUGACUCCUCCCCUGGGCCCGCAGCAAAUGGCAAAAACCCGUCACGCUAUACUCCAGAGCAACGUGAUCAUUCCAAGGGGCAGCGCCCGUGCCCGCAGCCCGGCUCAAAGGGCGGGGACUCCUGCCCCACAGAUCUCUUCUGGCCCAUGUGCCGCCAUCUCCCUUUUAUCCCAAUCUUCUCUUACUGUUGGUUUUAAAAGCCCUGAGACCAAGGCAGUUGUUCUGCAGGCUGCUCCCCAUAGGCUGCUGGGGACCCCAGCCCGUGCCCCAGGUCACCAAACAGCAGGGAUGGGUGGGUGGAAACAUACUCCCCCUGGGUGGCUAGGGGGGAGACACAAGUGUGUGUGUGUGUGUGUGUGUGGAGGUGUUUAGCGUAAGGCUCUAGGGGCAAGCACCGCCCUUUCUACACAGCCCCACCGUCAUUGCAGGCUUUGUACAUAUCUAGGAAGAGCCCCCAGUGCUUGGAGGGGUGUUCCAGGAAUGCCCUGCAUGUCCAGCUGUGGGCGUGGCAGGGAGGCAGAGCUGUUAACCAUCAAUGCAGCUUCCCCACCUGGGCAGUCUGUUCGUGAGGUCAGCUGGUGCUGCGAUUGCUUGGCUGUUGUGUGCGGCGCCUGGAGCUGGUAGGAAAAGGUUAGGUGCAGCCAGGUCCCCAGGUUUGCCCUUAGCAGACCUCAGACCAUUUCGUCUAGUAAAGGGGUAGAGUUUACAGUAGGUCUCUCCCCAGCCCUGAAGGUCCUAAUCCUUCCCCUGUGCUGCAGGAGACUCCUCCCAGAGUCAUGCGCCCGAAUCUGCUCUCCCGCUGCGUCUGGCUCCAGCGCCGAAGGCCCUGUCUCUACGCUGGCUGUGCCCCACUCAGGGCACUCUGCUGGGACAGGCGUCAGGCCCAGCUCGGUGUUCCCAGGCAUGGGUGCAGCGGGAUCCUCAUGCUGUUCUCUCCCUAUGAAUGUAGAUUUCUGCAGUGAGUUACACUGUGCUGACUUCUUCCCUUUUGCCCUAGGCUACCACUUUUCCCUACAUGCUCCGAGCACCCCACCCCACCGUUCCAAGCAGGUACCCCGCGUUCCUCAGCUCAGCUGCUCCCUUCAGCAGUCGCUAGACGUGGCUGCUCCAAGCAUGGGCCCGGGGCUGCAAAGCGCAGGAAAUAGCCACUCGGUUUCCCGCUUCUGGGGACCAGGCAUGCCUGAGUUUGCUCUUCGUGCUUGGAGUCCCCUAGCUAACGCCAGGUGGGGGAGUCACGGACAGAGAAAACACUGUGUCUGUCAGCAGCAGUCCCAUGGAAGGUGUUUACGUUUGGCUUCUAAUUGCUCCCUGCCUCUACUAGCGUCGCUCUCUGGAGAGCCGCGGUGGCUGCUGCCCAAGUAGCUUGCAGCAAGGGCAGAGGUAAACACGGCUCUGCCCAGGGCCUGGCAGGAGUUAAGUGGGGUCGCCCCAGCAGUCAUGGAACCGCUUGCCCCGCCCCCUUCCUGUGCACACCCUCUGGGGUAGCCGCAGAGUCCAUCUGUCUUUCCUCACCGCUGGGCGGGUUGGCAGGUUGGGGGGAAUAAAGCGAGACUGCGGUGGGGGCAAAUGCUGCCCCACAGGGAACCAGCAGGAGCAGGGAGCUGUGGCAUCCUCUUCCCUGGGCCGGGGGGAAGUAGGAACCUGAUCUCUGAGGAGAUGGAGGAGCCUGGCCACUGGAAUAGAGCCGAAGCUCAGAGCACGGCCAGGGGCAGCCCAGCUGGCAAGGGAGAGAAGGGGCCUCGCCCGCCUUCCUCAUGGUUCCACUUCGCUGAGUUCCAAGUCUGGCCACGCUCUAGCAGUGAGCAGGGCAGCUCCCCCCAGAGUAUUCCGAGCCAGCUGAUGGCCCCCUGCUAGCUCCAGGGUGGCGGGUACUCCCCUGGAGUGCUCCCCACUCACUCAGUGGCGGCACACUCGGCCAGAUACCUGCCCGGCUCUAGUCUCGGCCGUGUUUUUCGGGCUUGCCUGAGUAACAGCAGCGUUUGGUCUAAUGCUGGUCCUGCCGCCAUUCCAUCUCCAGUGUGCGUUCACCUCCUCGCAGGGCAUGGCAUCUCCUGCUCCUAGCACAGGGACGUGCCCUGCCCUCCCUCCGCAUGGGGGGAUGGGUCUGCGGCAGGGCUGGGGUCUGCGCCGCUUGCAGCCUCGCACCUCCUGUUCUCUCCUGCAAGCUGCUGAGGGGGAGCUGGGCCCUGCUAGUGCCUGUCUGGCAUUUCAUCUCCCUGAAGCAUUAACGUGAAGCUGGCUUUUGAAACGCCCCCCCCUCCUGGGAGUCCAGCGUCCACGCCCGACAGCCUAGCGGGUGCCUGCUCCUUGCACAUAUUUCCUGUGCUCUGCUGUAAAUACCCGAGAGUAGGUUUUACUCACUUGUGAAUAUUCUAAUACUAUUUUUGUUAACCGUAUGUCUGUAUUUAUGUGCGUUGACAGUGCUUCCCCAUCACCCUGCAGGGCACCUGCUGUGCACUCUGCACGGGGCAGGCCCCAGGGCUGAAGAAUUGUGGUCUCCACCCCCCCCUCCCCAGGAGAACCAGGGCAAGAGAGCAAGUCCCCAUAGACACUAAGAACCCACCUUGCACUCUCAGCUCCUGACUCAGCCUCUCACGGUGGUGCUGGCCGGGCAGUGUGGGGUUAGGCCCACCUGAUCCUUUGUGUGCGGAAGUCACUCCCACACAGCUUGUGGCGGGCAUUUGAAAUGCUUUGAUUUGCAGGUGGAGGCUCAAUCCUAUUAAUAAACUCUGUUGUUGGA